UGCAAUGGAAUGGACUACUCCGGAUGACUUGCAUUCCAGCACCACUACAACAACUGCUACACAUGGAGCUCUUACAGGAUUGUUUGAUUCUGCUUAUGCGUCUUGCCAUUCCGAUCAAUCGCCUUCUCAAUUCGCAAAGAAUCGUCAGUUGUUGCUCUUUCUUUUGGGUCAGACAAAGACUCUGUUAGAUGGAUUGGCGCAUGCUUCAACCAUGCAGCCUCUGUUGUAUCCUUCUGCUGCUUCGCAAGCACUUUCUAUUCUGUCCAUCCACUCUCACAAUCCUGUCAACUCUUCCGUCUUGACCAACAGCUUCACUUCAAACAGUGUUUAUUCUUCGUAUACUUCUAGUCGUGGUAGUCAUAAAAACUUACCCAACGGCAUACAGGCUAAUGAUGCUUCUUUGGCCUCUGCUUUACUUCAACGCAUCAAUGAUUCAGUUUCACAUAUAGAAAACUUGGAAAUUCGCAUUGCUGAUACCCAUUCAAGAGUGCUUGUUACAGGUGAUGUCAAUGCAGGAAAGAGCACUUUUGUCAAUACCUUGCUUCGACGUCAGAUCGUUCCUGACGAUCAAGAGCCUUGCACUGCUCUGUUUGUCGAGGUCAUGGAUCCUCAGCAAAAUGGAGGUGUCGAGGAAUUUCAUGCCAUCAAGGAAAAUGUCGAUUAUCAUCCAUCCGAUCGUUCUUCGUUUACUCGCUUUGAUCUGCAUGAGCUGCGCUCCGUUGUAGAAAUCAACGAGCCAGAGUUUUCUAUGAUCAAGGUUUACUGCAUGGACAAUCGUGACUCUGUUUCGUCAUUACUUCAUAACGGUGUUGUUGACAUCAGCUUUAUCGACUCGCCUGGUCUCAAUAUUGAUUCUGUCAAAACUACUUCUCUGUUUACAAAACAGGAAGAGAUUGAUGUCAUUGUGUUUGUUGUCCGUGCUGAAAACCAUUUUACCCAAUCGAGUUGCGAUUUUUUAGCUACCGCAUGCAAGGAAAAGGCAUCUGUCUUUAUUGUUGUCAAUCGAUUUGAUCAGAUUCGUCGAAAAGAUAGAUGUCGUCGCGAAAUUUUAGAUCAGAUUCAAGGCAUAUCUCAACACACAUUUGCUGAUGCGGCCAAUCUAGUGCACUUUGUUAGUGCUCGGAUGGUGUUGGAGUCCGACUUAAAAUUGGCUGAACGUAAUGAAGAAGCUGAAGUAUCUUUCAAGCAUCUUGAGCAGUCGCUCCGUUCGUUUGUUUUGGAAAAAAGAUCACGCUCCAAGCUUGGUCCUGCAAAGGUUUAUCUUGGUCAUAUUUUGUCCGAUGUUGCCAUGAUUUCAGAACACAACAAACUGAUUUCACAGGAAAAAAUUGACAAGCUUUCGUCCGAGCUAGAUGAAUCCACACCUGUUUUUGAGCGUAUGGUAUCACUCAAGGAAGACGUGCUUUCAGAUAUUGAUAGAAUCAUUGGCAACACGAGUAUCCUGAUUGAGUCUCAUUCUAAAGUUGAACUGGGUGAUUUUAUUGCUGAAAUUGAGCCAUUCAGUGACGGUGUUCAAUGGGAUGGUAUCAUGCAUGCAUGGCAUUAUGCACAUAAUUUGCGUCAGGUUGUGUUUCGUUUGGCCACCAUUCGCAUUCGUCGCUGUCAAGACUAUGCCCGUGAGCAUUCAAUUGGCUGUAUCAAACGCAUUGAACAAUUGGCUACAGAUGCCAUGUCAGUACCUCCCGAGAUUAGCACUGCACCCAUCACUGCAGCGUUUGAUCAAAACCAACUGGCAGAAAGCUCACCCGAAGAAGUGGGAAUUCAAAUGUCCGACUUGUUUGAUCUGACAGAUAGACUUGAUUUGCUCAAAGAUUACAUUCCUGGAAUCACAUUGAUCACGGGUGCCUUGCUAGGCUACAAAGGAUUUGCUAGUGGCAUGUUGAAUACACUACACACGGCAGGAGCAUUGAGAAUGACCAAGCUUGCUUUUACUGGAAUUGGUCUUGCUGGUAUCGGAAUCAUACUCUAUGCGAUUUCAGAUAUGAAAUCUAGUAUUCAACGCAAGGUGAUUCGUAAACUGCAAGACCAUUUUGCACACUCUGGGUUUGUGGAAAAAACAACAACAAUCCUGUUUCGCACAUCUCGUCAAGCACUACAAUCCACCAUUUGGGAAUUUCAAAACCAAUUCCAGCAUCUGUUGGCUGAAAGUGAAGAGAAAAUUAUUGACCAAAACAUAGCCAAGAAAUCAGCACAAGAUGCCCAUGAUUUCUACGAAGGUGCUCGAAAACGUGCUGCACAUUUACAAUCGCAACUGGACGAGAUUGAUUUGGAUGUUUAGUUGUGAUAGUGUUGAUACUCUAUUGUGGUCUCUUUGCGUUGGUUGAUCUAUUUGAAUGAUGCAGUAUGUUGAACCACGAUAGGAUAUCUUAUUUUCACUCUUACUCCUCGAGAUCAAUCCAUACAGUGAGCUUUCUUGGCUGGGUGUUGCAUGGUAUGACUGAAAUAAAGUCUGCUCAAUAUAGUGACACUACUCUUGUAUUUUAAAAUGUCACUGUUGUUUGAUAAACGGCCAUCAUGGUAUGUGUAGGAUGGAUAAACAGUCGAUAGGAUUACAAAUUUGAAGUACAAUCACACAUGGUAUUGCUGAUACUACUCGACAGAUAAGACAUACUACUAUCAGAUCAAUUCAUUGACGGAAAAGAUGAUAAACACUUGUCUGCAACACGGACCACCUCGUUUAGAUACAUUACAGUUGAGAUACUUGCAGAUAGAUUCAUCUCAUGUGGCGUGAUUGCGAGCGAGCAUAUUUGGUAAACUCGGAACGCAUAUACUUGACAAAAGUAUACAAAUCCCGUGAAGAGUUGAGCCACUCUAUAGAAGCAUCGAUAUUAAGCAGCAUAGGCUUACACGAUAUCACUAAAACAACAUACCAAGAUUAGCCCACUAUAAAUACAAAACUGGCAAGUGGAAAAAUAAACACGCAUAUACAUGCUGACCAAC